AAACCCACAGCGGCGCUGCGAUCAGUUCGCCCAGGCCAGGCCAGCCAAGGAAAACUUAUUUUAUUUAAAUAAAUUUAGUUUAAUUGCCAACGUGUGUGCGUGUGUGUGUGUGUGUGUUUUUAUUGUAAUUCCCAUUCGUCAACUGGGCACUCAGCAGCGUUCAGUAGAAAUGCCCGAGUAAAUAAUCCCCGUCCCCGGAUCCGUUGACUUGGUCCACAAGAUCGGCAGAGGAUGCCUUGGAGCAGGCAGUUGUCAUUGUGGCAAAUUAUACCAUUAUGUUUCCCGGUCCCCGACAAGAUUUCCCCCUCGGACUGCGGGGCGUAUGAGUAAUAAGCCAACCGCUACGACAUAAUACGUAUACGCCUCGUGGUGCGGCCAAAUAAAACGAAGAGUACGAAACGAAAGGCAGCGAAGAGUGUGUGUGACAAAACGCUCAAUAAAUAAACAAACCGAAAAUGCAAACAAACAAAUUAUGGGAAAAGUCAACAAAGAAUCCAACUUCGUCCAUGUGAGCCAAAACCCAGAUGAAUUAUGGAACAUGUAAAUAGCACUAGUGCCAGACAAUCGCAGCACCAUCACUUCGAUCCGCAGCUGCCGACCAAUGACAACCAGCAGCAGUUCUGUCUGCGGUGGCACAAUCACCAGACCAGCCUGCUGAGCACCCUGCCCAUUCUGCUGGACCAAUCCCAUCUCACGGAUGUGACCAUCUCGGCCGAGGGCCGCCAGCUGAGGGCCCAUCGCGUGGUCCUGAGUGCCUGCAGCAGCUUCUUCAUGGACAUCUUCCGGGCUCUGGAGGCCAGUAAUCACCCAGUGAUCAUCAUACCCGGCGCCAGCUUCGGGGCCAUCGUCUCCCUGCUUACCUUCAUGUACUCCGGCGAGGUGAAUGUCUACGAGGAGCAGAUCCCCAUGCUGCUCAACCUGGCCGAGACGCUGGGCAUCAAGGGACUGGCCGAUGUCCAGAACAACAAUCUACCAAAGACAGCGAGGGGUGGAGGUGCCUACAUGGAUGCGGCCAACGAGAAGUCCUCGGAAUUUGAGCGUCCCAGCACGCCCUCGCCCACGCCCACGCCCACCAUCACGCCUUCCCACACGCCCACUCCCAGCCUACCCCUGCCCCUGCCCCAGCUGCCCAGUCCGGCUCUCAGCACGCCCCUGCUGGCCAACAAGCUGGGAUCGGUGGGGGCCACCGGCAUGGGCACCACGCCCCUGGAGAAUCUCUUCAAGUCCCUGCAGUUCUACCCCAGCCUGCUGCCCCAGCCGCUCAACUUCUCGCAGACGGCGCUCAACAAAACCACCGAGCUGCUGGCCAAGUACCAGCAGCAGUGCCAGCUGUACCAGAGCGGGAUGCAGGAGGAUCACCUGGAGGCGGACUGCUACGGCUCCAAGCGGCCGAAGGGCGAGAGUCCGCCCAAGGAGCUGCGGCGUCUGGAGAAGAGUCUGGCCAAGAAUCCCAAGGCCUCGUCGGCGGCCAACAGCACGAGCAGCAGCAGCAAGUCGCCGCAGGAGUGCUCCAUGCCCAAUCCCAUAGUGGCCACUUCGCCCGUGACCCUCGCUCCGCCGGCUAUGGCCCACUUCUCGCCCCAGCUGCCGGUGGUCAAGUGCUCCUCGGCCAGCUAUCCCAGCUCCCAGCUGGGCCAGGGUCAACUGUACAGCAGCAAGCCGCCGCUUUACAGUGCCGCUGCCACGCCCACGUCCGCCCAGCAGGCGGCCCAGAUGCACCACCACCCGCACCCAUCGCCGCAGGGACCGACACCCUAUAUCUCCGCCGAGGAUCACGCCAAGCUGCAGCUCCACAUCGAGCAGUACCAGCGGGAGGCGGCGGCAGCAGCGGCAGCGGCAGCCGGCGGAAUGGCGCUGGUCAGCGCCAAGUCGGAGCCCAACCUGCUCUCGCUGAGCACCGACCGCGACAAGUCGCUGGCCGCCGCACCCAUCAAGCCGCCCUCCAACUCCAAGCUCUACGCCACCUGCUUCAUCUGCCACAAGCAGCUGAGCAACCAGUACAACCUGCGCGUCCAUCUGGAAACCCAUCAGAAUGUGCGGUACGCUUGCAAUGUGUGCUCCCAUGUGUCCCGCAGCAAGGAUGCGCUGCGCAAGCACGUCAGCUACCGGCAUCCUGGGGCGCCAUCGCCCUGCGAGAACGAGGCUCGUCGGAAGAGGGUCUCCAAGCUGGCGGCGACCGCCGUGCCCUCGGGAUCCACGCCGAACCCCCUGCCCCUGGCCGCCAGUCACACGGUGACCAGUGGCGAGGUGGGUCCAGCUCCUGGAACGGCCAUGGGAUGUUCGGGUCAGGAGGCCAGGAAUCCGUACCUCUUCCUGCCCAACCAAUUUCAGAUGGCGGCUGCAGCAGCCGCAGUGGCGGUUGCUGAAUCCUCGCCAGUUUCUGGCCAGCCAUCGUUGGACUUGGCCCACGAGGCGCCGCCGGGCAUCAAGGGCGAACGGGAGCCACCGACGGCCAGCAACGGGGAGGCGACAGGUGUGGAGACCUCGACGGCAACCACCUGAGGAAAAUGUUUUCAAAUAUUUUUGAUUUGUUCAACUCACCACACAGACACGCACACAGACACAAGGAACACGCCACCCCAUCCCAAUGACAUGUUGGGUCAUUUUUUGAGGUAGUGAAAAAAGGAUGCUUAAUCCCCAGGCUCGAUUUUUAUUCCGAUCAAAUCCAAUGAAAUCUUAGUCUGAAAAUCUAAACUUAAGUCAGUGGUUGCCAGCAGAAGUGGCUACCGUGCACAUGGGCUAUGAGGUGCACUUUUCUUCUGCCUGAGCUCUGCCCACACACCGACACUGAUUUGUUUUGAAAGCUUUCUAAAAUGGCACAAAUAAUUCUCUAACUUAAACAGAAAAAGGUCGAAAACUACAGAAGGAACUAAGGUUCUCAAAAAGCUACUCUAAUUUAUUCCAACAACAAAAGAUUCUUAAAUUUGUAAAAAGAUUUUAAAUUUGGAAAUCAUUUUAAAGACUAUUUAAACAUUUUUUAUAAGGAGAGGACAUAUUUUUCUAAUAGUUUUUUUAUCUAAAGUAAUUUAAAAUUUUUUUGUGAUUUGAUCGGAUCUAAAAAGUAACAAGACUAUAGGAUUAACCCACUCUUGAAGUACCCAACACUGAUACGCCAUCUUUUAGCCCCACCGAAACCAAAACCGAAACCGAACCUACGUCUUAGACCCGGCUGUGAUAAUUAGCGCAAUUCGUUUUUCGUCCUCUGCACACACGCACUUGCGAGCGCCCUUCUAGCUAUCUUAAUUUAUGUACUUACUUUUAGCACAAUUUACGUUUAUGAUUUCUGGAACUGUAGCACCUCCGAGGCUCUCGAACUGCAAGUUACAAAACUUCGAAACACUACCCAUCGCUUUCACGCUCUCUCACAUGAACACGUCCACACAUUCUAGUAAACUAAGCCAAGUUUUUAUAAAUAUUGUAAUUAUACACCUGAACACGCACACACACUUGCACACAAAAAGACAGGGUGAAGACCUACCAAUCCACAAAAAACACACAAUUUUAAAAGGAAUAAAUGUUUAAGAAGCCAAAGA